AUGGCACCAAAUACUAGACGUGGCGGAAAUCACAAUAGCAACCCUAAUGGUGAGAACGACCACGGUAAUCGUAACCAAGAACCACAUCAACGAAAUAAUAAUCAGAAUAUGGGUUACCAAAGGGCUGGAUCAAGUCGGCAUCAACCUUACCUGAUGUUACCCGCAGAAUUAGUGACUGCACUAACCGGGGUAGCCCAAACAUUACAAACCCAGACACAAUUAGCACAGAUUCAAACUAUUCAAACCCAGAAUCAUGGACAAAGGGGAACUCAAUCAUAUUAUGAGAAAAUGAAAAGGGUCCAUGUCCCUAUCUUUGAUGGAACUCCUGACCCGAAUUUAGCAGAAAAGUGGUUAGAUGAAAUAGAAAAUAAUUUUGCACUUUUGCAAGUGCCGGAGGAGAUGAAACACCUAAUCAUCAAACCCUUUUUGGUAGGAGAAGCCAAUAAGUGGUGGGCAACUCUGGAACCUACCGUCGCCCCACCAGUAAGUUGGACAAAAUUUAGAGAGGAGUUCCUGAAAUACUUUUUUCCACCGGCUGUACGGAUGCAGAAAAUAUAUCAGUUUGAAAAUUUGAAACAAACUCCAGAAAUUUCUGUGGUGCAGUAUUCGAAUAAAUUCAUGGCAUUAGGAAGGUUUGUCCCAUCAAUAAUGGCAGAUGGGGAGUUGAAAACGUAUAAGUUUAUAAGGGGGUUGUCGAGUAGAAUUCAAACUAAGGUGAACACCUCUUAUACUCGUACGUUUAAUGAUGUGUUGGACGCCAGCGUUAAAGCUGAGGCUGAUUGCAAAAGAUUAGAUGAAGAGGGUAGGAAUAAAAGACCUAAACUAGGGAAUGAACUUGCAGUGGUGAGAGCACUGAAACCUUGCAGACCGUUUCGCUUAAUUAAAAAAAGUCAUGGGCCACCACCGAAGAUAACUGGAGGAAACUCAUUUUCUGUGUGCAAAACUUGUGGAAAGAUGCAUCGGGGAGAAUGCCGGCUUAAGACAACUUUUUCCACGUGUAAAACUUAUGGGAAGAUAUACCGAGGAGAAUGUCGAGUUGGAGCAGGAGCUUGUUUUGAAUGUGGACAGCAGGGGCAUAGGGAUAUGAAUUGUCCAAAUAGGAAGGUAGAAGGAGAUAAGAGUGGUAAUCUCACUGAUAAGAAGCCAAAAGUUAACGCGAGAGUGCAUGCCAUGACCGAUGUUAGGGCGGAGGUGGCAGGCGACGUGGUCACAGAUACUCUUCUAAUUAAUUCCGUGUCUGCAUACGUGCUAUUUGAUUGUGGAGUUAGUCUCUCUUUUACAAAGUACUUGUGCAUGUCUCUUGAAUGGACGAACCACCCCUAUCGAGUGGCUGAUCCAAGAAAUAGAAUCUUAGUGUCUCAUACUAGGUAUCCAAACUGUAGUGUGAAAUUGGAUGAUAGAAGAUUAGAAGUGGAUCUAGUACAAAUAAAUAUGAGUGAUUUUGAUAUUAUCCUACGAAUGGAUUGGUUAACUAGACAUUUUGCACAAAUUGAUUGUAGGAAGAAGAGGGUGUUAUUCAUGAAAUCGAAUGAGAAGGAUUUCUCUUAUCAAGGAAAUGUUGGUGACAGAAAAAUUUAUAAGUUACCUCUUCUAUCUGCCAUGUAA